AUGCGUGCCCCCCCCACUCGAGGCAAACGAGGCCAGUCAUGCCCGCGGAGGUCGGGAGACUGGGCGGAGGUUUCUCCACUGAGCCACAUCAAGACCCUGGGCGAGGCCCGGGACUGCUUCCAUGUAUUGUCUGUCUACCGCUUGGAUAGAGUGAAGGAGCGUACCAGGAAAUCAAGGCAACAGCUGGAAACACAAGAGGCACAGUUACUCUGCUUUGGAUGGCUCUCACCUCUUGGCUGGACGCGGUGUACCGUAUCAACUGGCAGCAGUGACGGACUUACAGCACUUUACGAGGCGUCUGAUGGGGAUGAAACUUUACUCAUGGCCUAUGAUACAGAAGAUCAUGAGACUCAAUACUGCUUUCCUGCCAUUAACUCAUCAUGCAUCAAGACAAAACGCUCAACACAUGAAUACAAUAUCAUGUAUGUGUUUUUUUCAUUGCUGUCAGUAUGGACUGUGUUUCUGAAUCUGCUGGUGAUCAUCUCCAUCUCUCACUUCAAGAAGCUUCACACUCCAACCAACAUGCUCAUUCUCUCUCUGGCUGUGUCUGACCUGCUUGUAGGACUUAUUGGCAUGCCCUUAGAGGCAAUUAGGUUGAUUGAAACAUGUUGGUACUUUGGAGAAACAAUCUGUAGACUGUUUAUAUUAAUUGUAGGAUUGCUCACCUCUACAUCUCUGAUUAAUUUAGUUUUAAUAGCUGUUGACCGUUAUGUUGCUGUGUGUCACCCUUUACUGUACCCACAGAAAAUAACAACAACUAGAACAAUAAUUAUUAUCUUUGUUUCCUGGUUUUACUCUGCAGCUUAUAACAUUUCAGUUCUUAUAACUACCUCACAAAGAAAAUACACAUGUUAUGGAGAAUGUGUAAUUAUCAUUACUUUUGCCUGGACAAUCAUUGACCUGUUUGUAUCUUUCCUGUUUCCUUGUACCGUCAUCAUAACUUUAUAUUUGAGAAUCUUCUAUGUGGCACAUCAGCAAGUGAAAGUUAUAAACUCUCUGAUGAGGAGUGGAAAACAUCUAACAGAAGGUUCAGUGAGGAGGAAAUCUGAGAGCAAAGCCGCUCUGACAUUAGGAAUCAUUGUGAUGGUUUAUCUGUUUUCCUGGAUUCCCUAUUAUAGUUUAACUCUAACACCAAACACAAGCAUGACUUCUGCUAUAGCCUAUUUUAUACUAUGGAUGGUGUAUAUUAAUUCAGCUCUGAAUCCUCUCAUUUAUGCUAUAUUUUACCCCUGGUUUAGAACGUCAGUUAAACACAUCCUAAAUUGUCUGGUUUUUGUCACAUCCACAACCCUUUAUAAACUGUUGGUUAUGCAUUUUCUGUAA